AUGAAAAAUAGUAACCCUGAAGGAGAAUCAGACAAAACAAUUAAACCAGACCCAAAGGAUAAGGACAACCAAGAAAAAGAGAAACCUUACAUCCCUUCACCUCCAUAUAAGUCACCUAUCACAUACCCUCAAAGACUAGCUAAAACUAAAACAGAGAGUCAAUUCAAAAAGUUUUUAGAACUUCUAAAGCAACUCCACAUAACAAUCCCUUUCUCUGAAGUAAUUACUCAAAUGCCCUCCUACGCCAAAUUUAUUAAAGAGAUCCUAUUAAACAAAAGGAAGCUUGACGAUGAUAGUACUAUAUCACUGACUGAAGAGUGCAAUGAAAUCAUACAAAACAAAAUGCCUCCAAAACUGAAAGAUAUAUGGAGUUUCUCCAUUCCAUGUGUUAUAGGCAAACUUGUUAUUGAUAAAGCACUAUAUGAUCUAGGAGCUAGUGUGAGCUUAAUGCCCCUCUCAAUUAGUGAAAGACUAAACCUAGGAAACCUAAAGCCAACAAAAAUUUCCCUUCAAUUGUCCGAUUGUUCAAUUAAAUAUCCUGUAGGCAUCCUGGAAAACGUCCUAGUAAGAAUUGGGCAGCUAUACAUUCCUACAAAUUUUGUAGUAAUGAAUAUGAAAGAAGACUGA